AUGUCUGCCCCCACCACCGCCACCGCCACCAACAACAACAACAACAACAACAACCACGACAAGACGGUGGUGGGGGAGGAGGAGGAGGAAUCGAACGUGAAGCCCAGGCGCGACGUGGAGCGGCUUCGCCCACUCUUCGAGAAGCGCUUCACCCGCAAGUGUUUUUGUGACACCGUCGAAAGCGUGGUGUCGCGGCUGCAUUGCCUCGACCCUGGGGAGUUCUGGCAGGCCUUCGUCACGGCCGAGUACGUUGGCGAGGGCAGCUUUGGCAUCGUCUGGCGUUGCCAGACUGUCGACGGUGACCUGGUGGCUGUCAAGUCGUGCCCCAUCAGUUUUCACUCACGCGGAAGCAUCGACGACGGCUUCUCCGUGUUGCGGGAAAUCGCCAUUAUGCGUUUCCUCAACGAGCACGAGGUGCCGUAUAUUCUCCCACUGCACAGUGCCUUCUUUGUGCAAGCGCGCGAGGCCCUUCCACCAGACGUGGUGGGCGCCGUCGAGUGGAAGGCACGCCUCGCCAGGGAAGCGGAGGAGCGCGAGCGACGGAAGCGACUACGGCGGCGUCCGACGAGGAGAUGCCAACAGCUGCUCAUGUGGCCAGAGCAAGGCGAGGAUGCGGAGCUGGAGCCAAGCGAGACGGAAUCGCAGCUGGCGGAACGCAUGCGGCACGAAAAGGUGCGCCUUCCACGGUUCUUGUCCAUCUCUGUGGAGGAUGCCACGGAGUGCGACGCGACGAUUUUUCUGGUGACGGAGUUGUGCGAUGGUGACGUGGAGAGCAUUGAGCGGCACGACAGCGUCACGAAGGGCGUCGCCUUCUCCGUCAGCUCCGCGCUCUCGGCGAUGCAUCAGCUUGGGCUCGUGCACCUGGACAUUAAGCCAAGCAACAUCCUGUUUGCCUACGAGAACAGCCCCUCGCAGCUGCAGUACCAUCCCCAGCGGCAGCAGCAGCAGCAGCAGCAGGAGCCAUCCACCUUGGGAACCACCGCCAGUGCGCCUUCCUCGCUCUCGACGCCGCCCUCGGUGGGGGUGAUGCGUGUGGCCAACACCCCUACGGCGGGUUCCGUCAAGUUUUACUUGAGCGACUUUGGCAACUGCCGCAUCGUCGGGCCAGGCGCGAUGGACGAGGUGACGGGGGUCUUUGGCACCCUCGAGUACAUGGAUAUUAGGGCCCUGCAGGACAAGACGUGCAGUCGCGCGACGGACUGCUACAGCCUUGGCGCCACCCUCUACGAGCUGAUCUACUCGCGGCGCCUCUAUCCACCGUGCAAGAACCCCAAGUGUGUCUCAGAGGACGACCACACGCGACACUGCUACAUUGAGGCGGCGCGGCGGCCUGUUGUGGUGGAGCCGCCGCCCGCCUCCGCUCAGCCAACGAGUACGCUGCAGAAGGUGAUGGCUGGGCUACUGGCGCUCGAGCCGAAGGAGCGAUGGACGGCGGAGCGGUGUCGCUCCUUCUUUCUGAUUAACAGCGUCGCGGGCGCCACGACUACCCCGUCACCGUGA